CGGGCCCCGGCGCCCGCGGCCAGUUGCUAUGGAGACAAGCUGCAACCACUCGAAAGGAUUCGCGGUUUUGCCAGGCAAUACAUCUCCAUGGAUUAAGCAGAUGGUUUUAUACAGAGGGAUCCAGCCAAGGAUUCAGACUUUUUGCUGCUUUAGUUGGGUGUAGUUUCCUGGGCAAUUGCCGGACUUCUUGCCUUCCGCCGCAGGAAAAGACUCCGUUUGCCGAAAAAUUGAGGAAGAUAGAAUGACGGACUGCGACUGGGAUAAGAAGAGUACUUCAGCUUCAAAGUCAGACACAGGAAUGAAACCUGAACAACUGCUUCCUUGUGUGAACCCUGGCAAUCCUGUGUUUUCCUGUAUGUUGGACCCAAAGACACUCCAUACAGCUACUUCACUAUCAAAACCUCAGAUGAUUAUGUACAAAACCAAUUCAAGUCAUUAUGGUGAAUUUGUUCCUUUGCCACAGUUUCUCCCCUGCAAUUAUACUCCAAGGGAGCAAGGAUUUUCAAACCAUAUUAGCGCAACUGGACUUUAUCAAAAUAACAGUCUAAAUACUGCACCUGAUAGAAACAGAACCCUUGAUUUUCCUAAUUUUCAACAUACUCUAUGAAAAUAUAUUCCUUUUGCAACAGGGAUUUACUUGAUGCUUUGACUAUAUCCCUUGUGGCUUUGAAACUUAUGUUUUGUUUUGUUUUUCUUUUUCCUAACCUUCUCCCUGAUCUUCUCUUUCCUAAACUUUUCCCUGAUGUUAUUGAUCUCUUUUUCCUCAAUCUUCUCCCCAUAGUCUUUUUCCCUGACCUUCUCCUUUCUGAUCCCUCCUCCAUAAUCUCAUGUUCUCUGAAUCACCCCUGUUCCUGCUGAUAGGUAGAAUCACAGCCUUUGGGACAGGAGUCCCCUGUGUUUCUCAUUUGCUAAUGAAGCA